UCACGUUCAAACUAAUACAGCUCAGGAAAGUUUGCUUUCGAUGAAUAACAGUCUAAAAUCUUCAAUCACCUUCAAGUCAACUCCCAUUGACGAACCACACCACACGCAGAAGCGACUGUGGUUAAUGUUUUGUUAAAUCUCUUGGAUUCAGAAAUAGUCUCAUCGGUUUGAAAGUUGGCAAGUGUCACACCAGUUUCCCAGAAAUGAGUGAUAGAGAAAACAGAGACAGCAGAGGCAGCUGUUAGGGAAAGGCCUAGAAUCUGGCCUUCGCCCUGGACUUUGUAAAGCAAAAUGUAACUCUAACAAGUGAUCUGACGCCAAGGAAACCCUGUUUGACAAAUUAGUUGAGAGUUUGUUGAGGAUACAAUGAGGGGAUAGAUCAUGGGGAACAAGAGGGUGUAACGUCUAUGGAUUUCCAAAAGGCCUUCGAUAAGAUCCUGCCUGGAUUAGUCAUCAGGGCUCGCCAACCGGAGUUGAGUGCCCAGCCCAGCAGGAACGGGGAAGAGCCCUCGCGCCCAGGGGGUGCCCAGAAGCCUUCGGUAGCCAUGGACCUGGACGAUGGAAGCGACGCACGUUUGCCGUUCGGGAGGGCGCAUGGAGCCAACAACCCCGCCAUGUUGAUCAUCGGAGCGGAGGACGAGGAAUUCGAGAAUGACAUCGAUCCGAACGUGGACGACAACUGCAGUCACUUCCAGUGCAUUGAGUUGCUGAAGGACCGGCCUACCUACCUGAUUAUCUUCCUCCAUCACGUCAUCCUGCAGUUUGACGCUUCUUACGUGUUGUGUUAUCUCCAUGGCGAGAUGUUUAAGAGAGCCAACGUCAAAGACGCUCGCAGGAUGUUUGUGGAUUAUUUUCAUACCUUUCUGGACCGGGGGGCGGUCCUCAGGGUCCCAGUACCGCAUGAUAUUUCCUUUGAGCUGGACCGGUGCCGUCCCGACCUGCUGUGUGAUGACGGUGUGAAGAAUGUGGUGAAGGGGAUGCAGAAGGCCACAGCCCUGGAGAUAUACAACCAGCUGGAAGAUUUCAGGAACAAGAGGAUGAUGGGAAUGACCAUUGGCGAGAAGGUGUUGACCGAACUGGAUUGUGACCGUCUCAUCGACCCCACCACCUUCGAAAUGAAAGAGAGACUUUUAGCCGAACAGUUGCUACCCAAAGUGGAGGAAGCUACUUCCAAUACAGACGACGAGAAAAGCACCUCGGUGUACAACGCUGUGGUGACCUAUAUGAAGUUCCUGGGGGUGAAGACCAAGGAGCCGCGGCCACUUGAGAAGAAACGACACUUUCUGAUCCGCAGAAAGGGUCCCACGGCGAGGAAGGAGAGUGAGACGCUGAGGCCAGACGAGAAGAAGAGGAAGGGGAUUGGGAGCAUCCUGGACCUGAGACGGCCCCCCCGCGGUGACCCUGGCACCAGCAGCAGCGGUGCCGAUGUCAAGCUGGAAGGAGUCAAACCCUCCAUCGAUCGGAAGAACUCGAGCCAAACAGGAAAAUCCCAAUCGGAAUCCAGCACCAGCAGGCAAAAGAUCAUCACUGCAUUUCCCGAGGGAUCAGACACUGCCCCAGGUUCGGGGACAAGUCACGUUCUCUCCAGGGAAGAUUCCGAAUGUGACCCAAGAAAAGAGAUGGAGAUAAACACUGAAGUGGAAGUUUGA